GAAAAGGAAAUUGCAACAUGUGCUGAAGUCUCCACAGAAGAGGAAGUCAAAGCAGGGAGUCUUAGCUUAGAAUUAAGCUUUUAAAAAAAAGAUGUUUUUACAGGAUUUUCAAGUGACCUGAGGAGGCUGCUGCCUUUAUGAACGGACUAUAGUAACACCAGGCUGCCAUGGGCUUGACUUCAGCGCUGGGAAGUGUUCUAUUUGUCCUUGGGUUAUCUGGGAUCUGCACAGGAUUUGUACAAGAGAACUGUACCAACUACAAGCUCCAAUUUGAGAGGAUUUACUCUGUUCCCGGGGAUAUGGCAAUGCUGAAUAGCACCUUGGUGUCUCCAGAUGUCUUCAACUUCACAACUGUCCCAUACAACAUCACCUGGUAUGAUUCAAAGACGGGUCAAGAAAUGAGCAACCAGACCGGUCGAAUCCUGGUGAAAGAGGAGACCCUGUGGUUUCUUAACGUAACGCUGGACGACAAUGGGGAAUACGUGACCAUAGUGAGAACUCCUUUUCGGUGCUACAGACAGGCCACCAAGCUGAUAGUGGAUAGUCUUACUGGCGAGUGUGGAAGGCCAAGGAAAGUUGAUCAGACACUUAUGAAUGGAGUAGCUGACACCCUGUCCUGCCCUCUGAAAGACUAUAUGAGUAAACUGGACAGCUACAACAUCAGUUCCUCCAUCAAGUGGUACAAAGGUUGUGAGCACAUAGUGGAUGGGACAGGCAAAUAUAGCUACAGGGAUAUGACAACACUGAUGAUUCAAAGGGUGGAACCUCAAAACAAUGGCUCCUACACCUGUACUCUGACCUUCACCCUUGGUGGCAUCACAGGAUCCGUGUCAGAGACAAUUGAUGCAAGGAUCAGAGAGGUGUACUCUUUGGUUCCUCAAGUGCGAGAACCAGCCAGUGAAAUAAUCAAGGCAGAGAUAGGGUCCAGUUUCAGCAAACGAUGCCUUGUGUUUGUGCCCGGUGUUGGGAAGCCCUUUGUUUCUAUCCUUUGGAUAGCCAGAGACAAAUUCAUUCGCAAUACACAACCCUCUGACCGUGUCUACACAUCACAAACAAGUUUUAACAUCCAGGAUGUUCCUGAUAAAGGUGCAUGGUUGGAGCGUCUGCUGAUAAUUUCUGAGCUGAGGGAGGAGGAUUUUCACAUCAACUACACUUGUCGGUCAUACAGUUCCCGGGGCCAUCCUGAAGGAUAUUUUACUCUGCUACCAGCAGAUCCAAACAUCAUACUUCCAAUUGGAUCCGUGCUUGGUGGUGUGACAGUUCUCUUUAUCAUUGGUGUUGUCAUCUACUACCUUUUUAAGGUUGAUAUUGUGCUGUGGUUCAGGAGAGUGUUUCCAGUCCUCUAUACAAAUAAAGAUUUGGAUGGGAAGCUGUAUGAUGCCUAUGUGGCAUAUCCACAGCGCUGUGCCGUAGGAUUCAGCAAGGAAGUGGAGACGUUUGCCCUUCACACUCUGCCUCAAGUGUUGGAAAAGGCCUGUGGCUACAAACUCUUCAUAGCAGGCCGUGACUGCCUGCCCGGGCAUGCUGUCGUGGACUCAGUGGAAGAAAAUAUACAAGCCAGUCGCCGCCUCCUUCUGGUCUACACCGCCUCCACUUUCACCAGCAAAAGACACACAAGCAGCACUAGCAGCAACAAUAACAACCACCUCUCUAAGAACAGUAACAACAACGAAAACAGCGAAAGCAAGACCGAUGACAGCAGUAGCAGUAUGAGUUUUAAUGGCAGCGAUGAAGUCUAUCAAGACACAAGGCAGCAGUUGGAGUGUAUGGCAGCAAUGCACAGAGCGCUGGUGGAGGGAUCACUCAAG